GUCGGCGUAGCACAAGAUCAGGCAUAGCAACAGGCUGUCGUGCAGGGAGAGUCCUUGUAUGAACUUGCGGCUAAGCAAAAAGCCACGUCCACACCACUCUUCUGUCUUCAGGUGUAUUCUCUAGCCGAGGAUAUUAUCACGCGCCCACCGGAGCGGUAGAAGAGUAACAGUUACAAUGGCUAAAAUCGAUCCCGAAUUCCCUUAUUCUUUAACCGUCUCUCUCCCGCUCCCAACCCACCGUCUUGCCUCCUCCGCCCUUCGUGCACUCCAAGUCGAUGAAGAGCUGUCCCCGCUCGUCCGUCGCACACUCAGGCUCACGAGACCCGAUCUAUCACCACCGCUCCCGGCAGCACAGAUAUCGCCCAUGAUACCGGCAGAUGACGCCACAGAGCGUCGCGAAGGAGGCACCAGUUACGACGACGAAUCGCUUACCGUAUUGCAGACAGAAUACAAAGCGACAACAAAUCGCAUGUUGCGUGUUGCUGUGAAUGCGUUUAUGGAGAGCUUGGGGGUGGUGCUAGGCGUGAUGGAGGAGUUAGACGUGGAUGUCUUGGGAUCGGAGCUAGGGAGAUGACGAAAGAGGGUUAAAAAACAUUAAAAUAUGGAAGGACAAAAUUUGCUUCAGGACUUAAGCGCGGUGCAUGGUUUUGGUUUGAAUUUCGCAUGUAGCGGUGUUUUUUGGCGUAAUGUUUCAUUCAUCCCAUUUGUGUUGGAGAUAUCACCUUCAUCAGUCAGGUGUUUUGUUGUGA